GCGGCAACGUUUAUCACAAGCCAGGCACUAACAGUGUCACCAGCUUUGAAGAUUUGUUGUUCYUUGAACAAGGCGGUCACUGCAUUCUCUACAACAAUGCCACCCCAAAUGCGCCACCGAUCUAUGCGUAUCUUUAUGAAUGGAGACCGUCAUGUCAUGGCCAAACAUUCUGCUAUCUACCCAAGUCAAGAGGAGCUGGAAAGUGUUCAGAACAUGGUGUCUCACACAGAACGAGCUCUCAAGGCUGUCUCUGACUGGCUUGAUAAACAGGAAAAGGGAACUUCGAAGUCUGAAUGUGAUGGCACAGAUACUGACAAGGACAGUGAACAGAAAGAUCAGGCUGCUCGCACUUUGCGUGGUGUAAUGAGGGUGGGCCUGGUUGCAAAGGGCCUGCUUCUGAAAGGGGACCUAGACUUGGAGCUGGUCCUGCUCUGUAAGGACAAGCCCACUGUCAGCCUGCUGAAAAGAGUGUCAGAAAACCUUUCUGUGCAGUUUAAGAUUAUAACAGAGGAAAAGUAUGUGGUAACCCAGAACAUCUGUGAAGCCAGCAUCAUCAUUAAAAACACUAAGGAGCCCCCCCUCACCCUCACAAUUCACCUGACAUCGCCUUUGGUUCGUGAGGAGAUGGAAAAGGCUGUUGCUGGAGAAACGCUUUCAGUCAUCGAUCCCCCGGAUGUUCUGGACAGGCAGAAAUGCCUAACUGCCUUGGCUUCUCUACGCCACGCUAAGUGGUUCCAGGCCAGGGCCAACGGGCUGCGUUCCUGUGUCAUUGUCAUCCGGAUCUUGAGGGACCUGUGCUCCCGCAUCCCGACAUGGGCCCCACUUCGUGGCUGGCCGCUGGAGCUGCUCUGUGAGAAAGCAAUUGGCACAGGAAACCGGCCCAUGGGAGCAGGUGAAGCUCUGCGCAGAGUUUUGGAAUGUGUGGCUUCAGGAAUCCUCUUGCCAGAUGGUCCUGGAAUUUAUGAUCCAUGUGAAAAGGAUCCUACAGAUGCUAUUGGUCAUGUGGGCAAGCAGCAGAGAGAAGACAUCACCAUGAGCGCUCAGCAUGCCUUAAGGCUGUCAGCUUUUGCACAACUUCACAAAGUGCUUGGAAUGGAUCCCCUGCCAUCAAAACUGCCCAAAAAAGCUCGUACUGAGACACCCAUUGACUACACAGUGCAAAUUCCACCCAGCACAACAUAUCUCCCACCAAUGAAAAGGCCCAUUGAGGAAGAAGAGGGAACUGAAGAUAAGACUCCUAAUAAAAAGAAGAAGAAGGUUCAGAAGAAAUCUGCAGAAGAAAAGGCUGAACCACCUCAGGCUAUGAAUGCCUUAAUGAGACUAAAUCAGCUCAAACCAGGUCUCCAGUAUAAGCUAAUUUCCCAGACUGGCCCAGUUCAUGUUCCAGUCUUCACUAUGGCUGUAGAGGUGGAUGGAAAAACCUUUGAGGCUUCCGGCCCUUCCAAACGCACUGCUAAGCUGCAUGUGGCUGUCAAGGUGCUACAGGACAUGGGCCUUCCAACAGGGGUGGAAGUAAAAACAGAGCCAGCAAUAAAGAUGGAGGAGGCGGUGUUACCGACCACUGUGGAGGAAACAAUGCAGACUGAAACGUCUGCUGCUGCCAUUGGCACCGUCAAUGCAGACCAAACUGAAACUGUAGAGGCUGCUCGCCAACAGGGACCGAUUCUGACUAAACACGGCAAAAACCCCGUAAUGGAGCUGAACGAGAAGAAACGGGGCCUCAAGUAUGAGCUUACCUCAGAGACUGGUGGCAGCCACGACAAACGCUUUGUCAUGGAGGUGGAGAUUGAUGGGCAGAAGUUCCAGGGUACUGGAUCCAAUAAGAAAGUGGCGAAGGCUUAUGCAGCCCUGGCUGCUUUGGAGCAACUAUUCCCUGAAGGCUCUGCACCUGAGGUGCCCAAAAAGAAGAAGGGACCACCCAUGCAUGCUCAAGGGUUUGGCAUGAUGGGAGGUGGGGAUAUUAGUGCACCCAGAGGCAGAGGGAGAGGGGGGCGAGGUCGUGGGAGAGGCAGAGGAUUCAAUAAUGGAGGAGGCUAUGGCCAAGGAGGUGGCUUUGGAACAUAUGGUUAUGGGAACAACACUAGCUCCGGAUACAAUUUCUACAAUAACGAUGGUGCAAAUGAAGGAGCUGGGGCAUCAGGCAUCCCGGCGGUUGGGCUUCCAUACAGCACAGCAGAAGCACCAUCACAAGUCUCCUAUGGUUCUUAUUACCAGAAUGAUGGAAUGUACACCACCCCCUCCGCUAACAAACCACCACCCAAAAAGAAACCUCCAAUGUCCAAGGCUGGAAUGGCAACAAUUUCAGGUCCCCCAAGAGGGACUGCAGGACCUGUAGGAGGUUAUCAGACWGGAAGCUUGUUGGGGCAGGGGUCAUAUAACCAGUACGGACAGGGCAAGAAAAGUUUCAACCAAAACCAGCAGAGUGGGACGAGUGGUUACUCGUACAGCACUGCRUAUCCAAGCCAGGUGACCGGAAGUGCUGGAAGUAACCAGGACUACAAUUAUGAUGGUUUCAACACCCUGCCCAGUUACAGCCCACAGGGGGUCGGCAACCAGGGUUUUGGUCCGAACCACACUCAGUACCAUAACCAAGGCUARGGCAGGGGAGACGGCAGCAUGAAUUACCAGUACAGAUAGACUGGUUAGCUCUCUGUAAACCAUCGGCACCCUGCAUCAGUGUCUCACGCCUUCUCUAAAGACAGUGAUUGACAACUUGCCUGUGUUCUCUGCCUUUUUCCUCAUCUGCUUCCUGUGCUUUUGGAUCUACAGUGUUUAUAGCACAUGUUGGCACACAGUGAGAUUUGUAAACAUUUUAAAUGUCAGAGCUAGUGAUCCAGUCUCUAGUAAAUCUUAUUUUAUUUUUGUUUUGUUUUGUUUUAUCGGUUCUCAUCACUAAAUGUUAGGGUGAGCGCUGCAAGAUUUUUUAGUUAUUCCUUUACUUUUUUCUCCUUUAUGUGAAAAUAUUCCAGGGUACCUAAAUAGCUUUUUCUUUUUUCGCAGUGCUUAUGUUGCCAUUUGCUGAAUGUGAUGAUUAUUUUAACGUUAUGUCGUGAAGACUUUCUUAUGGUAUAUUUUCACAUCUGCUCGAUGUAACGUUUGAACAGAGUUGGACGUAUUCCUGGUAAUGUUUAGCAAAAUGUGUUUGUAUCAAUAAAUGAUUUUUAUUUUGAA